CUGAGAUCAAUCUUUCAAGCUGUGGGUUUAGGCUGAGUUUCAAAACGAAGGCAUUUGGGAGAAGAAGAGGAGCCUUAAAAUAAAGCAUUAAACUUCCCCGAGAAACCAAUUCCGGGAUUUCCCGCUCUCCUUGAAAUUUUAAGCACGGACAAGCCAUUAUUUUUCCUCUCCGGAAUUUUGGAAUGCUGGGCUCGGUCAAAAUGGAAUCGCACGAUAUCUCCGAGUGGACCUCGUAUUACAACGAACCCACAGAGGUAUUUCCAUCCGUCAGCACAAUGGCGUCCAGUUUGGGGCCAAUGAACCCCAUUAAUUCUUACGUGACCCUCAAUCCGCUGAGUUCUCCUAAUUCUAUAAAUAUGACUUACCCAAACAGCAGCUUGAGCAGCCCUUCGGUCACGGGACUGGCCAACGCCACCAGCCCCAUGGGUCUUCCGACGGUGGCGUCUCCGGUCAGCCCAGUGUUGACGCCAUUGGGAGCCCAGCCACCCACUCUCAAUUCCCUCUCACCCUACCAGAAUGUUGGCCAACAAAUGGCCCCUCUGGGCUACUCUCCCUCAAACAUGAGCAGGCCCAAAGAGAUCAACAAGUCUUACCGGCGCACGCUGACCCAUGCCAAGCCGCCCUACUCGUACAUCUCCCUCAUAACCAUGGCCAUUCAGCAGGCCCCCAGCAAAAUGCUGACCCUCAACGAGAUCUACCAGUGGAUCAUGGAUCUCUUCCCCUACUACCGUGAGAACCAGCAACGUUGGCAGAACUCAAUCCGCCACUCGCUCUCCUUCAAUGACUGCUUUGUCAAGGUGGCCCGUUCUCCGGACAAGCCGGGCAAGGGGUCCUACUGGGCCCUCCACCCCAAUUCGGGCAACAUGUUUGAAAACGGCUGCUACCUGAGACGCCAGAAGCGUUUCAAAAUCGAGGACAAGGCUAAGAAGGCCGGCUCCAAGGCUUCCCACGCUCGGGAGCAAGCCUCGAAGGUUUCUGAAGGCCUUCAGGAAGGUCAGAGUCCCAACCCUGGUUCAGAAGGAGCCGAGUCCGGCCAUUCGGACACCUCCCAUGGUUCUGAGGAGCAAAGAAGUCUGGUCCAACUUGAUUGUUCGGGAGCUCAGGGCUCAUCCCCGGCGUCCGAGGCCUCCCCAGCUCCCAUCUCACAAUCUAUGACUAGUCACUACUUUGCCAACUCCAUUACCAACCUGGAUCUUCCGAACGAUCUCAAAAUGGACCCUCAGUUCAACUUCAAUCAUCCCUUUUCCAUCACCAACUUGAUGUCCACCGAGCAAAGCCACAAGAUCGACCUGAAAUCCUACGAGCAGGCUAUGGCGUACAGUGGCUACAACUCCCCACACUCGGUGGAAAGUAAACAUACCUACGAGACCUCCACCUCACUCAGCGAGACCGGUUCCUACUACCAGAGCCUCUACAGCCGUUCUUUGCUCAACGCCUCGUAAGGCGGCUGCCCUACCAUCAACUCAAAAGGACAGGUAAGAGAAACUUGGCUGAAAACACCAGAAAGACCAUCCCUGAGAGGUUUCCUCCCAUCACCAGCCAGCUACAACACGGGUAGAGGAAAGGAGCGCACCGCGAGGCCUGGUCUACCUGAUUUGGAUGAACUUUCCAAAUCUCACCGUGGUCAACAAUACCUUCUACUUCAACAGACUCUUGUGCCCAAAGUAACGGGGAGCAGGGAACAGCUAGGGCAAAAUAAUAAUAAUAAUAAUAACCAGCUCCAUGCCUUGCUGCUAUCAAGGGCAGACUGGUUAAGACCAGUCAUGGAUCCACGUUGACAUGGAGGUCAUUAGUCAGCAUGGAUUCCCCAAGGGCAAAACCCCACCAUCUCAGACUGAGGGCCCCCACUCUGAAUGUUUCAGCUAUUUGCUAGGUUUUAUUUCUCCAGGACUGGAGUUUGGGUGAAUGUCCGUACGUAAAUGAAGAGGGAAGAAGCUGUGCUGCAGCCUAGGACUUUGCUGUCUCAAUGGAAAUGUUACAGUUGAUGAUUCAAAUUUUGUCUGGGGAUACUCAAACCCAUUUAGGUCAGAACUGAGCUUGGUGAGGACUUCCAUUGUUACACAUAUAGAAAAGGGUUUGGUUACACCAAAGACGAUUACGCCGCAGCCUGAAGAGGAACAGGGAAUAUAAUUCAAAUAUUUUUUUUUGUAAUGGCUUUAUAUUUAAAUACAUGUGCUUUCUGUUGGGAAAAGGGUAAGAGUUGAUUUAAUAUAUCGUGCUUUAGAGGCA